UGUGUGUCUCACAUCCACCUGAUCCGAGGAGGAGGAAGAGCACACCUGCCUAAUGUGACCAUCGCAUCCUCCAGACAGCAGCGGAGCUCCAGCAUGUGUUAUCGAUCAGCUAUCGAUCCCUGAGGCGAUCAGUGCGCGCGCAUCUCCUCAGAUAUCGAUCAGGAGGAGAAAUGCAGGCGUUUUUGAAAGGGUCUUCGUCACAGAGUGUUAAAGCUCAGAAAGCAUCCUCAUCCUCCUCUUCAUCAGCUGGAGAGAAGAAGCAGAAGGCCGUGCCCUGGGUGGAGAAAUACAGGCCGAAGUGUGUGGAUGAAGUGGCCUUCCAGGAGGAGGUGGUGGCGGUGCUGAAGAAGUCUCUAGAGGGCGCUGAUCUGCCCAACCUGCUGUUUUAUGGCCCUCCUGGAACCGGAAAGACGUCCACCAUCCUAGCGGCCGCCAGAGAGCUUUAUGGACCGGAGCUGUACCGUCAGAGAGUCCUGGAGCUGAAUGCGUCUGAUGAACGAGGGAUACAGGUGGUCCGAGAGAAGGUGAAGAGAUUCGCCCAGCUGACUGCAGCCGGAACACGCCUCGACGGGAAGCCCUGUCCUCCGUUUAAGAUCAUCAUCCUGGACGAGGCGGACUCCAUGACCGGCGCGGCUCAGGCGGCUCUCAGACGCACCAUGGAGAAAGAGUCUCGAACCACGCGCUUCUGCCUCAUCUGCAACUACGUCAGCCGGAUCAUUGAGCCGCUGACCUCCAGAUGCUCCAAGUUCCGCUUCAAACCGCUGGCCAAUGACAUUCAGCAGGAGCGUCUGCUGCAGAUCUGCGGGAAGGAGAGCCUCAAGUACACCACAGAGGGCAUCGAGGCUCUGGUGAGCGUGUCGGAGGGAGAUCUCAGGAAAGCCAUAACUUAUCUCCAGAGCGCCGCCAGACUCCACGCCGAGCAAGAGAUCACUGAGCAGAUCAUCAUCGAGAUCGCUGGGGUGGUUCCACCCAAAGUGAUCGAGACGCUCCUCCAGAUCUCUUACAGAGGCACGUUUGAGAAGCUGGAGCUCGCUGUGAAGGACAUGAUCGAUGAGGGAUACGCCGCCACCAACGUCCUCAACCAGUUACACGACGUCAUCAUCGACGAGAAGCUGAGCGAUAAACAGAAAUCCGUCAUCACACAGAAGAUGGCUGAGGUGGAUAAGUGUCUGGCAGACGGCGCAGAUGAGUAUCUGCAGUUACUGAGUCUCUGCUCCGUCAUCAUGCAGCAGGCCACACACAGCACCUGAGCCGACCAAUCAGCUGCUCCGUCACACUUCAGCCGACCAAUCAGCACUGGCGCGGAUUCCACACACAGCUGCCUAGACUGUUGUUUUCAACUUUUUGUACGUG